AUGUUGCUGUCGUCUUCUUCUUUCCUCCUCCCGACAACAAUCGCUUCUCGGAGGAAAAAAGGAAGAAACAACAGCAGUAAAAGAAACGAGGUGAAAUGCUUUUCGUACGCUUCUCAUUCCUCCUCCUUUUCGCCGUUCAAAUGUCCCACGUGCGCAAAACCGUUGACGAAGCACUCGAUGGCAUUACGCUGCCCAAACGAGCACUCGAUAGAUAUCGCGAGAGAAGGAUUCGCGCACUUACUGACGACAAGAACAGUAACAGGAGAUACUCGAGAGAUGGUACAAAGCCGGAAACAGUUUCUCGACUCUAAAACGUUUGAUUUUCUCUUCGAAGAGAAACUGAAACGAGAAGUGCUGGAGGCGGUGUCUCGAUGCCUUGAAAGCGAAGAAAAGGAGGAAAACGCUGACGAUGAGAAGAGCAAUGGUAUAAAGAGUAGCAACAGCGAGAAGAGCGAGAAAACGCAACAUCAUCCCGAGGAUGGGAAUACUAAUAGUGGCUUUAAAGUUGGUCCUCGACGGAAAAAAUUGGAGGCGAAGAAACGCGCGCGAGCGGAACAAGCGCUCGAGAUGAACAAUAAGAGGAAAGAAGAAGAAGAGGCGGAAGAAGUGGUUUUUGUUACGAUUGCAGACAUCGGGUGCGGCGACGGGUACUGGUUGGAGAAGAUUUCGAGGUGGUUGGUGUUUGGGGAAAACGAUGAAGUCGUAUCGCUGCGCGAAAGAGCGAGGAAACGGAACGUUCGAUUUAGAUUUAUCGGCAUCGACGCGAGUAAAGAAGCGGUGAGAGUCGCGGCGAAACGAAUGAUGAUAACUACUGCUGCUAAUGAAGAUGAAAGAAUUUUAGAAGAAAAAGUAAACGGGGCGGAAUUCUUCUUUGCCGUUGCCGACGCGAACGACGUGCCGAUGGAAGACGACAGCGUCGACAUUUCUUUGAGCGUCUUUGCGCCUCGAAACGGAAAAGAAAUCGAAAGAACGAUGAAAGAAAAAGGCACGUUCCUCGUCGUCUCUCCGUCGCCUUUGCAUUUACAGGAGUUGCGCUCGAACGAGGCGAAAGAACGCGGGGUUAUUUGUCUCAACAUCGAAGACAACAAAUCCGAACGCGUCGAAAAGCAACUCAAAGAAUUGACGUCCUUAGCGCCAAUUGAAAGUAGUAGUCGUAGUGAUAGUAAUAGUAGUAGCGAAAUCAUCGAACGCGCCGUUCCGAUGUCUUCGCAAGACGUUCAACUCCUCCUAAAAAUGGGCGCGUCCGGGUUCCACCAAACAGAUGCGUCCUUAAAUGCCGCGCGCAACUAUUGGAACUCGAACAACACCGUGGCGAAAACAAGCGCUUCAGCGAGCGCAGAAAGAGGAGGAGGAGAAGGAGUAGGAGUACACGAAGAACCGCCGCAUAGGAAGGUCACCCUGAGCUUCCACGUCCGCGCGUUUUCAAAACAGAAAUAA